AAUUAAGAGUGUUCACAAGAACCAAAAACCAGCCUAAACAAACUUCAAACCUCAGUUUCCAUCUUUUUCUUUUACACAUUCCCGCGACCCUCUUCUCUCUGUUCUCUAUACCACCACUCUAGCUUCCUCUCUCCUCUCCACAAUAAACAACAAACAAACAAACACAGAACAACAACAACAACAACAAGAACUAGUCUUACAAUGAAAAAAGAAGGAUCCUCUCCCUUCUGAACUUCUUCUGAAGAACAAGAGUUUCACUCUCUCUGUCUCUCUGUGUCACAUUUUGCAGCUCAUCAAUGGCAAAGUCUAAGAACAAUGCCAAGAAGCUAUGCUACAUAUCAGUUCCAUCUCAGAUCAUCAACUCCAUUUCACCAUCUUCCUUACAAUCUCUGCUUGAAUCCCCCAAGAAAUCCUCAAGAACCACCUGGUUCUUCAUCUUCACAGCCACCAUCUUCAGGAGCCCAAGACUCUGGUUUUCCACUCUCUUUCUCGUUGGUUUCUUUGGCAUGUUCAAGUUUGGCUACAACCCCAACACCCCAUUUCCUCCAUACCCAUGUGCCACAACAACCCAACAGCAAAUCUCAAUCUCAAAUGGCCAUUUGAAGCCAGAGCUUGGUGCUUUCUUGCAGAAUGAGAGAAGGGGUAGCUGGGAACUGCCUCUGGUUCAGCUCGGUGCACAGGGUUUGGAAGAAGAUGUUGAGAAGAGUGGGUUUUGGAAGCAACCAGAUGGGUUGGGGUACAAACCCUGCUUGGGUUUCAGCAGAGAUUAUGGAAUAGCAAGUCAAGGGAUUCUCAAGGAUAGGAGAAAGUACCUUGUGGUGGUGGUUUCUGGUGGGAUGAAUCAGCAGAGGAAUCAGAUUGUUGAUGCUGUUGUCAUUGCUAGGAUUCUUGGUGCUGCUCUGGUUGUUCCUAUUUUGCAAGUCAACGUCAUCUGGGGUGAUGAAAGUGAAUUUGCUGAUAUAUUUGAUCUGGAGCACUUCAGAACAGUUCUUGCUAAUGAUGUGAGAGUGGUUUCAGCACUGCCAUCAACACAUCUAAUGACAAGGCCAGUGGAGGGAAGCCCUCCCCUUCAUGUCACUCCCAGUUGGAUCCGAGGAAGAUAUCUUAGAAGACUCAACAAAGAAGGUGUUUUGCUUUUACGUGGCUUAGAUUCAAGGCUGGCAAAGGAUCUUCCUUCUGAUCUUCAGAAGCUUCGAUGCAAGGUUGCUUUUAAUGCAUUAAGGUUUGCCCAGCCAGUUCAGGAGCUUGGUAACAAGAUUGCAGAGAGAAUGAAAAGCAAGGGACCUUACCUCGCUCUUCAUCUGCGAAUGGAAAAAGAUGUGUGGGUGAGGACUGGUUGCCUCCCUGGUCUGAGUCCUGAGUUUGAUGAGAUUGUAAACAAUGAGAGGAUACAAAAGCCAAAACUCUUGACUGCUAGAUCAAACAUGACUUACCAUGAAAGGAAGAUGGCUGGUCUUUGUCCCUUGACUGCUAUAGAGGUUACCAGGCUCCUGAAAGCUCUAGGAGCUCCACAAAAUUCAAGAAUUUAUUGGGCUGGAGGGAAACCAUUGGGUGGAAAAGAAGCCUUGCUUCCAUUGAUCCAAGAGUUCCCUCAUUUUUACAACAAGGAAGAUCUUGCCUUGCCAGGAGAACUAGAACCAUUUGCAAAGAAAGCUUCUCUAAUGGCAGCCAUAGAUUUCAUUGUGUCUGAGAAGAGUGAUGUUUUCAUGCCAUCUCAUGGGGGAAAUAUGGGCCAUGCAAUUCAGGGUCACCGGGCAUUUGCGGGGCACAAGAAGUAUAUAACUCCAAACAAAAGACACAUGCUCCCAUAUUUUCUCAAUUCUUCCCUCUCUGAAAAAGAUUUCAACAGGAUUAUGAAGGAAUUGCACCAGGACUCAUUGGGGCAACCAGAACACAGAACUAGCAAGGCUGGAAGGGAUGUUACCAAGUAUCCUGUCCCUGAGUGCAUGUGCAAUAAUGAGCCAUAUGCACAACUCUGAUUCCCAAAUUAACACCAAAGCUUCAAGCAUGAAGAAGGUUACAUGGCAACUGAACAAGGAACUGGGUGCUAUUUUGGCAGAGAAUGUGGGUUUUGAGGCCAACAAUGGGAGUUCAGUUGAGAGCACCAUUUACAUAUGUUUGUGGAAAUGUUGAUUUCCACCAUCAGUCAAAUGAUAGAUUCAAAAUAAUACAUAACUGCAGAUCAUUUUUUGAUUUUUUAUACAGAGAGAUUGUAUAGGAUACAUGUUUUUUUCCUUUCUUUUUCUGUGUAAUACUUUUUACCACAUUAUGAAGACUUGUGGAUACUUGUACAGAAUAUCAUUUUUAGAAUCAGAGUUAUUUGAUCUUGAAGAAAA